AUGAGGGUUGAGAUUGGCAAGGAACGUAAACUGAUUAUCAUGGCUGCUGUUACCACUCAAUCAUUCGCCAAUAACUCUAGAGAGCAACCCCAAUUAGCCCUCGACAGUACUACACCAGAAAGCAACGAUGGAACAAAUGCGAUUAAAGAAAACAGGGCCAUCGGAGCUGACAGCGAAAUCAAAUCCAAUGGAACCAUAAUUGGGUAUAAGAAGACAUUGGUUUUUUAUAGGGGAAGACCUCCAAAGGGUAAGAAGACUAACUGGAUUAUGCAUGAAUAUAGAGUCAAGGAUCCACCUCCAAGCAAAAGGGGCUCAAAAGGCAUGAGUUUGGAUGAUUGUGUUCUUUGUAGGAUUCACAAGAAACGGCCUAUUAAAUUCUCCCUUACCAAACUAGUAAAUCAUGAUGAGGGGGAUGAGCAUAUAGAUCAGAUGAAUUUUUCAGGUUUCGAAGGUGCCGCCAUUGCUGAGGUUGAAGUACUUGCAUGGAAUAAUUUCCAGAUGCCAACCUUCCAAAAUGGGUGGUUCAACCAACUGGCAGUUGGAUGUAUAAUAAUCACUGAUCAGAAUGCCUAUAUGUCUGAUAAUCAGUAUGUUCCAAAUGAUGAAUCGAAUGGAUACCUAGAGGAUAUUUUGAACGCUGCUAGAAAUCCAAAUCCGUCGGUGAAUCUUCCCGACGAUCCUGCUGGGACGCCGUGA